UGUUUUGAAUUCAACAUGACAGUCGAGCAGUCUCUUUUUCCGACAAACUAUCCGCAGCCGCAGCAGCGUGGUGUCAGUGAGGAAACAAUAUAUGCCAACAUCAAGGAAGUGACAGGGAUUUCAGAUCAGCAUGUGAUCACCGAGGCUAUCAAAGCCUGUCAGAAUAACGAGGGGACAUUUGAACUUCAAGAUGUCGUAGAUCAUCUUCUGAACCCUCCAAUGUGCAAAAAUGAGAAAGCGGUUGCUCCUGUAGCAACCCAUUCAGUUGGGACAGAUGCCCUGCCAGCCAACAGACCAGCUCAGAGCGUACAAAGUGUGAUCGAUCUCACCAAUGACAGUGGCGAUGGUGACGAGCUCCAGCGGGCAAUCGCUGCCAGUCUCCAGGACUCGCAAGGAGGACUCAUCUUGGGAGGACAGAUCUCUCGUGAGGAUCAGGAUAUAAGCAGAAUACUUGAGGCUAGUCUACUGGAAGAAAAUGGUAAAGCAGGCACGAAACGAAAGAGGGGUGACAUCUGGUUCGUUGACCCUCUGAAUCCUCACGAAAGGAAGAGGACGGAAAACUGGCCUGUUGGUCUGAAGAAUGUUGGGAAUACUUGCUGGUUUAGCGCUGUCAUACAGAGUUUAUUCCAUCUUCCCAAGUUUCGUCGAUUGGUCCUUGGUUUUGUCCCGCCAAGUGGAGCCACAGAGGAGAAUGCAUUGCAACAGCGAAACCUGAUAUUCAUGCAGGAGCUACGCCGUCUCUUUGCAUUAAUGAUCGGUUCACGGAAGAAAUAUGUCGAUCCGUCUCGUGCCGUGGAGAUCUUGAAGGAGGCAUUUACGGCGGCCAACGGCAACGGUAUCGCUGAUAACCAACAAGAUGUUAGCGAGUUUCAACAUAAACUCCUCGACUGGUUAGAGGAUGCUUUCAAACAGGACUGUUCGCGACCGACAUCUCCUGCUACACCAGAGACUCCUGAUGACCUGUCAAGAGAUAACCCGAUGGUUGAACUAUUUUAUGGCCAGUACAAGGCCGAGGGGACAAAUGAAGGGAAGACGUUUACAAACAAGGAAACGUUUGGGCAGUUUCCGCUGCAAGUCAACGGUUUCCACGACAUUCAUGAGAGUCUGGAGGCGGCAAUGGCCGCUGGAGAGAUAGAGACUGUUAGUAAUGAUACGUCAUUAAAGUCAGGGCAAGAGCAAUGGUUUACACGGUUACCGUCAAUGUUGACGUUUGAAUUACUACGAUUUCAAUUCAAUCAACAAUUAGGACGACCUGAAAAAAUUCAUAACAAAUUAGCAUUUCCUGAAGUCAUUUAUAUGGAUAGGUAUAUGGAGUGUAAUAAAGACACUACAAGGUUACGACGGGAGGAGGUUAAGAAACUAAAAGAGGAGUUGGUUCAGUUACAAACAAAACUAGACAAAUUUAUGAGUUACGGGUCUGGGACGAAACGAUUUCCUCUGCAAGAUGUGUUACAAUAUGCGCUGGAAUUCGCCGAGACACAACCUCCAACUUCAUUGUGUUCAGAUGUGGAGAUGGAGUCACCUUGUAAUUCAAAUAUGCAUGUAGAAUCUCCAGACUCUGCUCCGCUAAAAGACUGUGAAGAGAACAUGUCCAUAGGAACUCCGAGUAGUAGUCAGUUGCCCGCCUCCCCAAAUAGAAACUCCUCGUCUGGAAUCUCCACGUCACCGGCACCGCGACAUGUGACCGGCGAAGAGCUCCAUGUGUUACGGGAAUGUAUGAAACGGUGGCGAACCGAAGUGGAAAAUGAUGUGAAAGAAUUACAAGAUGGUAUAAGUCAGUUAGAAAGUGCUGUAAAUAGUAUGUAUGGUGAUGAAGAAAUGAAAAAAUUUCCGUAUCAAUUACACGCUGUGUUAGUCCACGAAGGGCAAGCAGCGUCUGGGCACUACUGGGCCUAUGUCUAUGAUGCAUUCGGCCAGCGAUGGCUCAAAUUCAACGAUAUUGCCGUGACGGAGUCAUCUUGGGAAGAGAUUGUAAAGGAGAGUGUCGGGGGCUAUCAUAACACGAGUGCGUAUUGCCUGAUGUACGUGGACGCAAACAGACUGGUCAAGAUAGAAGAUGAUUCUGAGCAGGAGAUGGGACAGGGUGAUUGUGAUGGUGCUACGGACGCUACGGCCUCAUUAUCAACAGAUCUGAGGAUUCUCGUCGAGCAGCACAACAAGUUAUUUGCCCAGGAGAUCGAGGAAUGGGAUCGGGCACAGCUGCGGAAAACUACGGGGGUUGACAUGGAGCAGGGUGAUUCGGAGGGAGUGGAGGAGAGCGGUUCUCAUCAAGUCAGCACGCAGACACACGAUUCACCGGCCAAGUUACACUUGGCUCAAGUCCAUGCCCAACUCGCUCUCCGAUCAACACUAUGUUGUUAUGAGAAGGCUAUGGAGUCGGAAACACUCAGAUUGAAAGGAAUUGAAGCCGCCAUGGUCGAUGCUGUGAACCAAGAGUGGCAACGCUUAGAGUUUCUUUCAAAACACCUGACGAAUUCGCUACCCCAGCAGGACCCUCGACUGUCUCACGUGUUCAUCUACACGCUAGCAAACGCUGGCCGUUCGCCCAAUGAUCACUUCCCUCCGAAUAGAAAUGUGCUUACAAGGAUUAUGUUGGAGCAGUUUACGAACAUGACGGCACUGGACAAGAACCAAAGGGCUGUCCAGAUCCGGCGGUCAGCGUCUGCCAAACUCGAUGGCUUUUUAAAAAGUUGUACACCAAAGGAUGAAAAAUUAUAUAAUGAAAUCCACGCCGAUUAUCAUCAGUUCCGACAACUGAUCAUGUAUUUCCUGACCGGUGUGACCCAGUUUCACCAGGAACAGUACCAGGAUGCCAUAUACUACCUUCACCACGUUGUCAGCAUGAAUCGCAUCUUGACGGGGAAGGAUGGCCAGUGGCGGUGGCGGGGGAUUGACUGCGACUUGUUGGGGUACUUCCAGAGACAGACGCUAAUGCACCUGAACGAUGUGGCAGCUAGCCAGUUCGAGAACGACGACGAUGAUGAAGAGGCGAUGCGGAUCAUGGACAACCUGGUUUUGCCGUGCCUACCAGCACUACUCGUGUCGUCACAUCAGGAGGAUGUGCAAGCCACCGAGGAGAUUCGAGGAAAAUGGUGUUCGUUUCUUGGACAAGAAAUUUCAGACAAAUGGAAAUCGGAAAAGCUACAGGAUUUGAUAUCAAAACUAUUCGACUCUCCGUCAGAGAUGCGGGAGUUAGACGAACCGCCGAGAAUAGGGUUGCAUGAAACCGACGAUCUGGUGGAACAGUAUGAGCAAAUAAUGUCGGAAGUUUUACAUGGGUACGAGGAAACGUUGCCUGUGAACUGAGGUAACUUGUCCUGGUGACGAGGUUGUUGACAUUCGCCUCGUGGAUUAUACGAUAAUGUGACAGCUGGUGGAAGUCGACUUCCGUGAUCGGUCAAUGUGGAAAUUCUUGUGACAAUGCCAGAAGUGGUUUACUGAGGGAGAUUUCGACAUGCGUACAAAAAUGACAGGACAAUCGCCAAACAUGAGGAAGUGGCCUGAAAGAGUGGUUGACUUUAGUCAAAAUCUCAUCAUUCAUGUGUUUGUUUAAUACAACGAGAGCAGAUGAGUACAGAAAAUGACUUGCCUGGAAUUGUUGACUCAAUAUGCAGACAUUUUAACCAAUGAUCAUGUUCAUUGACCAGUUAUGUCGGUGCCAAAUUCUGGCAGAAUUUUGAUUCGGUGGUAAGGUUGCUGGGGGUUACUCUUGACCAGAUGGUUAACCUGGCGAAAAGAGUGACACGAUUUACGUCACCGACGGUAUGGACUGAUCAUGUUUUACCUGUGUAAACUUACAAGAGUUUACUUCACUGAUCUCCUGGUUCUGUUUUAUCUAAUGGUGUCAUUACUAUCAACAAAGAUGUGAUCUUGUAUGGAAAGCUUUACUAUCAGGCGAUUAUGUACACGCGCUCAUUCAAACUAUUCAAAUCCAUACAAGCUGGCUUUAUUGUUGAACUCAAAUCAGGAGUCCAGCACUAAUUGCAAUUUCCUCCAUUGAUAACUAACUGUUUAGGGCCUGGUUGGUCAGAACCAGUUUUGACACUUACGCUGGCGUUGACUUAAUUGGGUGUUAUCUCCUUCAGUUAAGUCCUUUAAACUUAAUACCAAGUUGAUGUUAAGUCCUUUAGACAUAACACCAAGUUGAUGUUAAGUCCUUUAGACGUAAGGCCAAGUUGAUGUUAAGUCCUUUAGACAUAACACCAAGUUGAUGAUAAGUCCUUUAGACUUAACGCCAAGUUGAUGUUAAGUCCUUUAGACUUAACACCAAGUUGAUGUUGAGUCCUUUAGACUUAACACCAAGUUGAUGUUAAGUCCUUUAGACGUAACACCAAGUUGAUGUUAAGUCCUUUAGACGUAACACCAAGUUGAUGUUGAGUCCUUUAGACUUAACGCCAAGUUGAUGUUAAGUCCUUUAGACUUAACACCAAGUUGAUGCCAGCGUUUGUGACACUACUUGUUUUGAACGACCGGGCCAAGACCUGCUGUUUUCAACCUUCAAGGACGCUUUUAUCUGUUUGAUUUGCUUCUUGGAUGCUCUUGUUAGUUUGUACUCAUUGACUGUACAUAGGAGCGAGAUUUUCACCCGUGUACUUUUCCUGAAAGAUUCAUUCAAGGGUGAUCAUUCCAGAGAGAAGGAGAGUCUGCACUAUAAUGAUACAAUGUACAGUACGGUGGUACCCACAAGGAAUGUAAGAUGUCUUUUCCAAAUUUUGUUGGUACAAAUUUGAGAAGAUGUGGUACCCAGUUUGGAAUCUUGGGUGUGUGAAGCUGUAAAUACAACCAGCAAUGUUCCUUAGACUCGGCUAAUGAAUUGUCGUCUGCAUGUAUAGACAUUUUUAUGGAUCGUUAAAAACUAAACAUAAGGGUGCUUCCGACAUUUUUUUAGGGUUUUGAUUACGGCCAUUUUUGCAUUGAUUGCCUUGCUUAGAUAAUCAUUUCCAGAUUUCUGGGUUUAUUCAGAAUGUGGGUUUCUAAUUCGGGAUUUGUCCUGAGGCGAAUUGGUCUUAAGUUUUUUGGCUGCAAAUGGUCUCAAUUAAUUUUUUGGGCCUCGAAAUGCAGAAUUGUGCUGCCAAUGAGAACUUCAUUACCAGUAGGCGGCAGUAGUCACAUGUAGAGGUCCAAUGCACAAUAGAUUACCAGCCAAUGUCAAUUUCAUUCACAAGAGAUUCUGUAUUGUAUUGGACCGCUACAACUGCCACCUUUUGCAGUGAAGUCACUCAUUGUCCUGAAAAUUUUGUAUUUUACCUGCAUGCGAAGAAGUGUUUUUAUUCGUUUUUCUGCUGAGAAGAACUGCAUUCACGGGCAAUUUUUGUGGAAGACCACUCUCAUCUAUUGCCUGUGGUGAUUUUAUUGUUUUAAUGUUGAAUUUGCCCAAAUAUGAAGUCAAUUGAUAGAAAAGUUGCAUCCUAUUGAUCGGAAUGUCUCUGAACUUUUUGGGGGAAAAAUUCUGUCUUUCUCACUGGAUAAGGGAGGAGACGGUUGGUAGCUGGACAUAGCUGCUUGAAAAAAGUAUUUCAGAAAUAUCACUGUCUCAAACGGUUUUUAAAAUAUUCUAACUGAAUGUUACCAUAGAAACCUGUACAUAGUAAUAUAUAUAAAUGUAAUUAUCCAAUCCCGUAUGUAAAUAAUAAGAAUUUUGUAUAUGCUUAUUUUAUUGACAAUAAAAGAGGCUGAAAUUUCACAGGGAAGUCUUUUGUGGGUGUGAAUUUUGUAACUGAGGGGCUGCAAGGCGAAACAAACCAAGACAUUUGGUAAUUUCAAAGUGCUGCUCUGAAUAAAAAAGAGAAACUCGUAGGUCUUUUAUCAGAAGUAUUAUAUUUGCACUA